CCCCGCCCACCUCCACCAUCGUGUCAUUCUCUUCCUCUUUCCCAUCAUCAGCACAACUCUCUCCUGCAUCUCCAACCAUGCCAGAACGCGGCCGCACACCUCGCGGCCAGCGCGAGAGCGAGAGCGACGCCCGCCCACGCGUGAAGCACUCUAUGCGCAAGAGCCCUUACCUCGUCUCUCUGGUCCUCUUGCUCGCCGCCACCGCCCUCACAAUCCUCAACAUCUACACGGCUGACCUUGUGCGCGUCAAGAUUCGCUCGCCGGCCCCCGCCGCGUUCGAGACCAAAUAUGGCUUGUACCAGCGGUGCACGCGUGCGAUUCCCCUACCAAAGCACCUGCAGCCCGCGCAGCCGCUCCUGGGGCCCGUGGAUGCGCCUGUCGACCACAAGGAUCCCCAUCAUCCCUGGGGACCCGUCAAGCGUGGCCCAUGGGAGUGCGAGAGUUUUCCCACCCGCUCCGAGUGCGCCCAGUUCGGCGAGAGCUUCUGCGUGCUCUGGAGCAGUGCGGGGUACGCCGCGCAGCUUGCGCUCGUGCCGUGCUUGUUUGCCGUCGUGUCGCUCCUCUUCAUUUUCCUCCACCGUGGCCAGCGGACGGCGCGCGCCCGCGCACGCAGGAAGCAGUGGAAGCUCGUGUCGGGCGCCAUGCUCGUACACUGCAUCAUGCAGGCUGCGUCGGUCGCGCUCAUCGUGCACGCGUUCUGGUCGGACGAGCGCUUCCAGCGCGGCGCGCGGCUGGCGCGCUCGUUCUGGUUCGGCGUCGCCGCCGCGUUCGUGUCGGGCAUCGCGUUCGGCUUCUUGACGUUCACAGGCAUGGCUGCGCGCCGCGGCGAGCCGUGGGCCGCCGGCCGCUCAGCCAAGCAGGCGCGCAGGCACAAGCGCACCAACUCGGGCCGAGUCGUCACCGUCCCGGAGGGCACGCGGAUUCCACCGAGCCAGAUCGUGACUGUCGGCGAGGUCGUUGCUGCCGCCGAGCAGGACGCCGCCGAGGUCGACGAGCACACAUCGCUCCUCGCCGCCUCUAACGGCGGCCCCGCGGGCGGCGGCAUCAAGCGCGCGACCGACAUGGCCUAAUUUUGUGCCUGAUUAUUGUAGCAUAUAGACUGACUGGCAAGCUAUGAUCAUUACGACUGUGCAGCAGGUAUUUUGGAGCAUGAGGCGCGUGCAGAGGGUGGUGAAUGAAGGAGGAGCUCCGGUGUUUGUGGCGCGGCGUAGGGCACGUAGCGUCCAAAUAUUCAGAUGAUCA